GGGGUUCCGAAGUAUCAACAUGGCAGCGUAGAGGCGUGCGCGAGAGCUACGCGUGCUGCAAAACCGUCGCGAAGUGUGCUUCAUUUUCGACCGUUGCUGCCGUCGUACUUAUUUUGUCGAAUCAUCCGACUGUUUUCGGGACUUUUGACGAAAGCGAGCAGACAUGUCGGACGACACAGAGGAUGCCGGGGGCGACGAGCAGCAAAAGCCUCAGAAGAAAGUCGCCAAGCACGACAGCGGUGCCGCAGACCUCGAGAAAGUCACCGAUUAUGCCGAAGACAAAGAAAUUCGAUCUCAGGACAUUAUGUGUGCUAUGUCCAUGAUUGGUGAUCGACACUCGAAAGAAACGGCAGAGAAGGCGGCACGACAAAAGGAGCUCUCCAAAGUGGUCAUCAAGAAGGAGGACGUGGAGCUCAUUAUGCAAGAAAUGGAGAUUCCUCGAUCAGUCGCUGAACUCAAACUGCGGGAGCACCAAGGAAAUGUUGUUGAGGCCCUGAUAGAACUGACUAACUAAAUUUUGUGUGUGAUUAAACGUUGUGUGCCAUUUUA